AUGCUCCCGGGUCCGGUGGGCCAGAAAACCCCAAGACGGAGGGAGCUGCAGGCCGAGGACCUAGCCAGCGUACUGCAGCACCUCGAGGAGGAGUUCGCGGCGGGCGAGAGGCUCGCAGACGAGCAGACGUGGUGCAUGCCGGUGCCGCGCGCGAGGCAGGUGCGAACGGUGCAGAGGUUCUACCGGGCGUUCCACGACGCCGGCACGCUACCGGUCUUGACCUGCAAGGGCCUCACGCCGGUCGAGGAGAAGCUGAUCUCGCUCAACUCGUGCUACGGCUUCGUGACGAGGUAUAGCAUCCCCGGCGGGCAGAGGCAGAGCGUGAGGUAUCCGAGGCACGUCAAGGGCCAUAUCACGGUAUUCCCGAAUGACGUGCAGGGGCUGGUGACCAAGGUGCUCCCGCACCCGCUAGUCCGGGUUAUGGACGAGAUCCAUGUCUCGUGGCAGGGGGCCGAGAAGCCGGGGCCACGCGACCUGUCGGGCCUCCUGUCGGUAAGGCGGCGGGCGGUCGAGAGGGCGCUCGUCUGGCUUAAGGAGAACAACCCGCUCUACGGCGAGGUCGAGAUCGACGUGGCGGAGAUGGAGAGCUGGGGGGCGCCGCCGCACGGGGUGCCGUCGGUGGUAUGCGAGCGCCUGGAGCGAAACGAGCCGUCAGCGCGGGAGAGGACGCGGACCGCGCAGGUGGUGCCGCCGACGGAGCGGGCCAUGGACGACGAGGGCGCGGUCGAGAUCGAGGAGAUCCUCGUCAUGUUAAGCCAGGGGCGGGAUCCCGCGGAGAGGAGUCGCGACGUCAGGCCCACGUGCGACGACGAAGAGGACGGCGCUAGGCCCGAAGAGGGCGGGGAAGUAAUCAACGAGGUGACGUCGUCCGGCAUGUUCCCGCUCGACGGGCCGCCAGGGGUGGCGGACGCCGAGAAGAUUCGCUUCGCCCGCGACGCCGUCGGGCCCGACGGAGCGCGCGCCCGCGCAGGCCCGAGGACGUGGGUACGGCGCGGCAACGAGUUCGCCGACUCGGCGGACGCCUCCUUCUUCGCCAAGACCUUCCCGACGCUAUUUCCCUUUGGCGUGGGGGGGCCGAGGCUCGCCGACGAGGCCGCUACCCGUGGAAGCGAGACUACCGGGUGGCGGGGCCGGGCUGCCGAGGCGGAGCGGGUCGCGGAGGGCCUCACGUCGACCCGGAACAUGAACCUCCAAGCAUGGGCCGACGUCGUGCUACGGCGCCACGGCGGCCGGUUCGCGACGCAUCCCAUCUUCGCCUUCCUAGUGUUUAAUAUGGGGGUGCGGUCUAGGAACCGCCAGGCCAGUAUGCUAGGCGUAACGAGGAAGAACUUCGCAAAGGUCGAGGGUCUACUAAAGUCGUUAACGACGCAGAGGCUCGAGGCGGCGAGGGUCGAGCUCGAGGCCACGGGCAAGACCGGCGACGACGGGGUAAAGGAGCUCCUCCGGUCCCUAUCGGUGUUUGGCCACCGGCAGCCGAUGUCGAGGGAGAGCCGCCUAAGUAUGCGGAAGAAGAUACUAUCUCUCAUCGUCAGAUACGGGGUGCCGGCCAUUUGGUUCACGCUAAACCCGAACGAUAUUACGAACCCGGUAAAGCUACGGCUGGCGGCGUACCGCGCCCGCGACCCCGAAGCGGCCGAGGCCUUCCUAAGAGAGCUAGGGACUGCGUAUAAGCGGGUGCGGCUGGCGAUAGCGGACCCGAUGAGCGCGGCCGUCUUCUUUCACCGGGAGAUAAAGCUCUUCUUCGAGCAUUACGUCGACGUCGGGGACGAGUCGGUGUUCGGGCACGUCGGGGCGUACUACGGGGCGGCGCUGGCCGGCGCCGGCGGCGAGGAGCAGGCAGCGUACCGGGAGCGAAUAAUCCGCUACGUAGACAGCGUCUUCUCCGAGGAGCUAGACGCAGAAGGGCACCACGCUGUGCAGGCGGAGCGGUCGAUCACGGCGCACAUGUCGUCGUGGCUUGACGACGUCGAGCGCUUAACGGACGCGUUCGACGAGGAGGCCAACUUCUGCGCCGGCGCGACGCAGGUCCACACGCAUAGCGCGACCUGCGUCAAGUACUCGCUCGCGGGGGCCGGUCGUAAGGGCGACCUCUGCCGUUUUAAGGCGCCCUGGAGGCUAGUAGAGAGGACGGCGCUCACGGCGGACGGCGUGCUGGAGAUCCGGCGGACACAUAGCAUGGUGAACCGGUGGAACAAGGCGAUGGCGGUAGGGCUGCGGCACAACCACGACAUCUCGUUCAUCGCGACGCAGCGCAAGACCAUGGCCCUGAUCUACUACAUCACCAACUAUGCGACUAAGGUAGAGGACCCUACGUGGAAGCGGGUGGCCGCCGCGGCCGAGUUACUCCCGACCUCAGAGCCGACAGCAGAGAGCAGUAUCCCCAGCGCCGACCGCAACGAUAGCGGGGGGAACGGAGCCGGAGAGGAGGCCGCGGCGGACCCUAUAAGGGGGAACAAGACGAGGGUGUUCCUACUAAAGGCGGCGAACCGAAUCUUCACGGAGCGCCCGCUAUCCCAGGUCGAGGUGAUCGCCGACCUCCUGGGGUAUCCCGCGGAGUUUUGCAGCGGCGCGGCGUGGGCGUACGUGAACACGAACCAGCUCUACUGGGCCGUCUUCCGCCAGUGGCGGCACCUCCGACUGGCGAGCGGGGUAGAGGCGACGGCGAGCGACGCGCCGGACGAGACGGUCGUCGUCGAGGAGGCGGGGCCGAGGAUCUCCUUCAUCGAGGCCUACCGGCAUAGAGGCGGGCUCCUACAGGGCCUCUGUCUCUACGACUACGCGUCGCUCGUAAGGCUGAAACGGAAUGGCGGAGGCGCCGAGGGCUGCGCGGCCUGGGGCGAGAUACCCUUUAACGAGAGCUGGGCUCCGGGGAAGGACUGGGCGCAAGUGCUCAGACGGCCGGGUAAGGGGGCGAGCGUACGCCUAGACGGGUACCUCAGUAAGGAGUUCGGCGAGGAAGACGAGGAGUCAUGUCAUCGGAGGGCGGCGGUGCAGCAUCUAGCGCUGUUCGUGCCGUGGGAGGCAUUCGUCUGCGAGGAGACGGGCGACAUCAACGACAUCUGGGCGCGGGAGCGGGCGGCGCUGGCGCCGAGGAUCGCGCGGCUCGCGGACAACGUACAGCUGCUCCGGCGGUCGGCGGAGGACGCCAAGCGCGACGCCAGGCAAUGGGCCGCUACGACCGAGGAGGGCGAGCCGGCGGCGGCGGCACGCGCCAACGAGGGCGCGGAGGAGGCGGCCGAGGGGGGCGGGCAGGUGUACCGCGCCGGCGGCGCAGGCGACGCGGCGCGGCUCAUCGACGUUGUCCGGAACGCCGCCGGCGCGGGCCAGGUAACGGCGCGGUCGGCGGAGCUGCUGGCGAUGACGCAGCAGCUCUGCCGGUUUCAGCAGUCGGCGCUCUCGUCGGCGGCCGAGCUCGAUGCGACGGUGGUGGCGGGCGAGGCGGGGCCGAGGCGGGUAAUCCUCGCGGGUCGACCCUCUCCGGGCGAGCUGCCGCGGCAAGAGCAGUCGAUCGCCCUCCUCAUCAUAUGCCGCCAGCUCGAUCAGGCCCGGCAGGGCGGCGACGCCGGCGACAGCGGCGACGCCGGCCAGCUCUGUCUAUUCGUCGGCGGCGAGGGCGGUACCGGCAAGUCGCGCGUCAUUGAGGCGCUCGUCGAGCUGUUCGCCCAGAGGGACCUAUCGAGCCAGCUACUAAUCACGGCGACAUCGGGGACGGCGGCGGCGCGGAUCAACGGCAUCACCCUGCACUCGGCCUGCGGCCUCUUGGUCGGCCAGGGCGGCCAGGCGGGGUCGGCGAGGAGGUCAGCAUGCUCGGGCGCGCACGCUGCACGCGGCGAACGAGCAGCUCUGCCGGCUGCGGGCUCGCCGCGGGACUUCGGCGGCAUCCCGGUAGUCAUCCUCUGCGGCGACUUCCAUCAGUUCCGGCCGGUGCAGGAGCGGUCGAUCCUGCUGCCGAGCGCGGCGGUGCCGUGGGACGCGGACGGCGCGUUCGCGGCCGAGCGGCGGCGGCAGCACGAUAAGGCGCACGCGCUAUGGAGGAAGUUUACGACGGUCGUCAUGCUCGACGAGCAGAUGCGCGCCGCCGGCGACCCGGAGCUACGGCGGCUGCUCGGGCGGAUCCGGCGGGGGGAGCAGGACCGGUCGGACCUAGACCUCCUCAACUCGAGGUGCUACCGGGCGGGCAGGCGGAUACCGUGGGAGACUGGGGUGACGGUGGUGACGCCGCUUAACAGGAAUCGCUGGAACCUCAACCUAGAGGCGGCCCUCGCGUUCCGGGCCCGGCAACGGACGGCGGCGCGCAUCUUCGUCUCCGAGCAUAAGUGGAGGGACGGCACGCCGACGGAGGAGGAGGCGGUGCUGAUGCUAGGCCAGGGCGACGACAGCGCGACUCCGGUGCCGGCCGUCUUCCUCUUCGUGCCCGGCAUGCCGGUCGUCGUGAACCAGAACACGCACCAGGGGCUGAAGCUAGUGAACGGGGCCGGGUACACGGCGGUCGACGUCAUACCCGACCGGGCCUUCCCCGGCCACCGGGUCUCGGCGGAGCUGACAAUGCACUUCGGGCCGCCGCCGGAGGGCCUGCCGUGCGCCGCGGCCUUCGCCUGCACCGACUACAAGGUGCAGGGCGGGACGCUGGAGCGCGUGGCGCUGGAGCUCCGGGGGGCGAGGACGACGACCGUCGACGGGCGCGCGGUACCGUCGCCGUGCGACCCGUAUAGCCUAUACGUGCAGCUAUCGCGGUGCCCGACGCUCGACGGCAUCAUGCUCGUGUCGGAGGUGCGGAGAGGGACCUGGUAG